AUGGCACUGAUCUCCGUUCUUCAGGUAGCGGCUAAUAUAUUUCGUACGUUACCUCCUAGCGACAACCCGGAAUUCGACCCUGAGGAGGAUGAGCCAACACUGGAAGCUGCUUGGCCUCAUCUGCAGUUGGUGUACGAAUUUUUCUUGCGGUUCCUCGAGUCAUCAGAUUUCGUGCCGACCAGCGGAAAGCGGUACAUCGACCAGCGGUUUGUACUUAAGCUCUUAGAGCUGUUUGACUCUGAAGAUCCUCGCGAACGAGAAUGCUUGAAAACCGUGCUGCAUCGUAUAUACGGGAAAAUUCUUGGUCUCAGGGCUUUCAUUAGACGUCAGAUCAAUAAUAUAUUUUUGAAGUUCAUCUACGAAACCGAAAAUUUCAAUGGUGUGGGCGAACUGUUGGAAAUCUUAGGCAGCAUUAUCAACGGCUUCGCUUUACCCCUGAAGAACGAACAUAAAGUGUUUCUCGUGAAAGUUCUUCUUCCGUUACACAAGCCUAAAUGUCUCAGUCUCUACCAUGCUCAGUUAGCUUAUUGUGUCGUUCAAUUUAUCGAGAAAGACCCUACGUUGACUGAGCAGGUGUUUCAAGCGUUAAUAAAGUUCUGGCCGAAAACCUGCAGUCAGAAAGAAGUGAUGUUCCUCGGUGAAGUUGAGGAAAUAUUGGACAUCAUCGAACCGGAUCAGUUCAAGAAGAUCAUGGAAAUGCUUUUCAAGCAACUUGCUAAGUGCAUUUCGAGUCCGCAUUUUCAGGCAAGUCAAGUUUUGUGUAUUUUUGGACGUAGUUUUUAUGUGGGAGUGGAUCGACGUUGUAGAUUUUCUUCUAAAGGUCGUGUUGCGGAACGUGCUCUGUACUUCUGGAACAACGAAUACGUCAUGUCGCUAAUCGAGGACAACUGCCAAGUGAUUAUGCCGAUUCUCUUCCCACGGUUGUACGAGAUUUCGAAGGAACACUGGAACCAGGCCAUUGUCACCCUGGUUUAUAACGUACUUAAGAGCUUCAUGGAAAUGAACGGCGCUUUGUUCGACGGGUUGACUGCUAAUUUCAAAGCUGAGCGACAGAAGUAA